AUGCAUUUAUGCACCGUUUUGAAGAACGACGUGCGCUUCUCCUUCGCCAACCUUCUGGAACACUCCGUGCCUCCCGAGAUUCUGUCGGAGACUUUCUCGCACCUCAUCGACGGCGACUCCAGGAACGUGAUUCUACCAUCUCAUGUAUGUUCUCUCUGGAGAGAAACGGCACUUCAAGAUACAUCUCUCUGGACCUACAUCCGUCUUGGCGAUAAAAACGAGUACAAACGAAUUGCUCUGGCUUUCCUCAAGACCUGCAUAGCCCGAGCCCGUGGCCGUCUCCUCUCGAUCUCUGUCAAGCCUCAUAACCAAUAUGUGUCGCCCAAUGCUUACAUAUUCGCGAUCUAUGAAUCCCUAAUGAUCCAAAACGACGGCAAAUGGGAAUCGUUUUCCCUCACGACCACCAAGAUAACGGAUUGUGUUCUUUUGUUCGCUUUUCUCGCACGCGAGUCCGCCCCCACAGUCAAGACACUGUCUGCCACAUGCCUUGAUAGGAAGAACGACUAUCCUAUCGAUGGCCUACUUCCUCAAAAGUUGUUGGGCUUGCAAGCCUUACCGAUCCUCCAGCACCUUACGCUGGACUUCUCCCACCAGUUUCGCCAAGCGAAGGCUUCAGUUUUCUGGGAUCGGUUAACAAGCCUAAAGGUGACAUCCAAGAUGCGGUCUGCAAAGUACCUUUCCAUCCUUCGCCUCUGCGUCAACCUCGAGUCAUGUUCCAUUUCUCCAGAGACUCGUGACGACCGCGAUGCUCUCAAAGGCUCGUAUGAGCCAGUACAUUUGGCCAAGCUCAAAAAGCUGGAGAUUUUUUCUUACUGGGUCCCCUCCUUGGUCGCUGUGCAGCUUGUUUGCCCUGCGCUUGAAGAAGCGAUUAUCCAGUUCGAGGUUCGCUACCACGAGGAAGCCGAGUUGGCUUCCUUUUUCAAGAAGUGCGCUGCUACCUUGCAGGUUUUAAAGGUCCCAGGAAGCUUUUGCCGUGUCGAGAAGUGGGCUCGUCCACUCGAGAACUUACAGGAGCUCACUGUGACUGGAGGCUACGAUUGGGACGAUGUAAACUCCGAUCAUGGCGCUACUAUGCCAUUCCGGGAGUUUUGA